UUUUUUAAUACCAUUUUAGCAGAAAUAAAUUUUGAAAAAUAUCAAAGUUAAUUUUUGUUUGUAAUAACGGAAGUUAAAAGCAUGGGUUGCGGAAGUAGUGGAGGCAAAAUCAGUGAAGCAAGAUUGAUGACAACAAAAUUAAAUUUUUCACCUGAACAGUUGAUUUGUUUAAAUGAUUUUUUUCGGAAAUCCGUUGAGGAAUAUAGGGCGAUCAAUAAAGAUGUUGAUUACGUUGAAGCAACGGUGGAGCGUUUAGUUCAGCGUUUAAUAUCACGAAUAUCAAAUUUAGAUAAAAAAUUUUCAUCAAUGUUUUUAAUUUCGUUAAAUGAACCCCAAAAAGUUAAGCAAUUAAAAUUUCAAUAUUUAUUGAGAAUCGAUGCGCUUUCAACUCCAGUAAUUGAUUCAAAUUUGGAUUCAACUAGAGUCAUUGUUGAAGAAGAUUCAACACUUCCAGGUUUUGUAAGACUUAAAAUACGUGAUUCAGAAUAUUGGUCUGAAUAUCUGGCUUCUGAUGGAAGACUGAAAAGGGAUCUUGUGAAAGCAAAACUUGUGGCUUUAUUAGCAAAAGCAAUAAAACAAGACUCAAUUAAGGAUGCUAGUGAGAGCAUUCGUCAAUCACCUGGACAGAUAAUGAAUGCUGCAACUCUGCAUAAAAUUCUCAAGCAGCCAGAUUAUUGUAGAAUUUUUUUUUCAACUGAUGAUUUUGAUAAGGGUCUCUCUGAGCCAUGUGAUGAUCAUCGAGUUGUUCUUGUUGAAGAUUCAAGUGGCAUAUUAUUACGUAUCGGUUUGAAUGGUCAAAAAAAAGCUGAUGUUGAAGUUAGAAUAUUUAUUGGCAUUGGCAUUGAUGGAUGGUCAACGAUAUCUGAUUAUCCACGAAGAAUUACAUUACAUCAUUGUGAUGCUCUUCUACAUUACACCGCUGCUCAAACUGGAAUGUAUGCAUUUGCAAUUGGUCCAAAUGCUGGUACAAGAUGUGAAGAUCGUGCAACAUUGUGGCAAAUUCGGCUACCAGCUGCUGAGACAACAAUGAAUCAGCAUUACUCGGAUGAGAGUGUUCCAAUCCUGACAGAAUCAGUACUUAUGUUAAUCCUUGACCAAUUGCAUGGAAAAAUACCUCUAAAUAUACCAAUGGAAAAACAGGAAAAAUUGAAAGUUGUAUCUCGAUAUAUAAUUAAAACAAUAUGGUGGUGGUCACUGGAAAGAACUGGUCCAGAUCCACUGAUAUCAUGGUCACCUGAUAAUCUUUCACGGCAUGUUCUUCAUGCUCUUGAUGAAUUAGUUACAGCACUCAAAUGUCAAAAUUUACGUUGCUAUUUUUAUCCACGUUUUAAUGUUAUACUCCACUCUGCAAAAGAUGGAAUUAUUUAUCACAAUAAUGCCUACACAAAUGACAGUCAAAUAAUUGAAAAUUAUUUAUCAGCUUUACAUGAGUACUCACUGAUAUUAAAGCCAUCUGAUCCUCGAGCAAAUGAUCAGCUUGAAAAUCAACUGAUCCUACAAUGGAGGCGAGUCAUGAUAUCAUUACCCCGAGGAACAAUGAACACCCACACGGGCUACAACAAACGCCAGCUGAAAUACUUGUCCCUCAUCAUCAAAGAAAUAUUAAACAUAAAAAAUUUAACAAAAAAUAAUGAAUGUACCAGCUCAAAUUAUUCACCAUCAAUUUGUCGAAAUGAUUCAAUUGAUAAUUUAAUUUACUUGAUAACCCUGAUACUUAGACAAGCAAGAGAUCAAAUAUUCAUCACAACUGAAAAUCAAAAAUACAAACGUAAACGUAAAAAAUUUUUAAACAACAAUAGUCAAGGUUCAAGCACAUUUGAACGUUCAUUGGAUAUUUUGAUUGAGACUGUACGUCGUGAUCGUGAUACAGCGUACAUGGAUUUCGAUUCCGAAAUAAUAUUAACACAAGUGUUAUUAAAAUGGCUUUAUUUUGGAAUGGAUAACGAUAGAAAAGUACUUGGUCCAAUAUUACAUCCUUACCUUGGUAACCUAUUCAAUUCAUCCCAUGAGAAUGCUUGGCACGUUGAAUCUUGGAUAAAACGUUGUGAUAUAUAUAAUAAUGAAAUAAAUUCAUUAAAUUUAUUUUGUAAAUUAGUUGUGACCCAGGAGAUAACACCAGCAAGUGGUAUUGUUGAUGCAAUAUCAAAAGGUUUGACAUGGGCUGAACAUAUUACAAAUAUGAUUGAAAUGUUUAAUAAUAGUUUGAAUAUUGAAUUUUUAAUACCAGGAAAAAUUAUAAAAUAUAAAUUAACAUUUACUAAUAAUAGAAAUUUUGAUAAUAAUUAUAUCAGUGGAUUUAAAAGUUGGAGUAAAGCCAGAAAUAUUGGUAAUCCAACGAGGCGUGCGACAAUUGCUAGAUGCAAUAUGAUAACAGCUGGUGACACAUUGCCGGGUUUAAUCGAUUCAAACAGCGGGGAUCGGGUCAAUGAAGAUUUUCAAUGGCAUAGAGAAUUACGAGAUUCAAGUCCAUUGACACAUAUUGUCUUGUCAAGUUACAGACGUGGUCGACAACGAGGACCAGGUGGUUUAAUAUCAGCUUUAGUAACUCUCAAUAAAUUUCGAAUAUUACAAGAAGCUGCAGCAGUAUUACCACAUGACGAUAGAAUAUUAAUGCUUGAUGCAAUUCAAAAAGUUUCGAGAGAAGCAUCAAGAAGACAAAGGAAAAAUAGUUGUCCAAAUUUAAAUGCAUCAGAAAUACCAAGGCAAAUUUACAGACCAAGAUCAGAAAAUCAAUUGAUGAAAGUGGCAUCAUCAAAACCACCAGAAUUGGCUGAAAAAUUUAAUGUAAUAUUAUCAGAACGUGAAAAACAAUUACAAAAAGAAAUAAUGGAAAUACAUGAUACAUUGACAAAAGGUUUACGACCAAGUUUAAUUAAUGAUUGGGAUUCAAGUUCAGUAUUAUCAUGGACAUCGUCAAAUAAUUCACUUGGAAAAUAUAAACGACAUGGUGGACGUGUACCAAUUUGGGAAACUCGUGGUACUCUUUCAAUGUGGGACCGAGUUGAGUGUGAUGAUGAUUUGAAAAAAUUUAAAUCUAAUGACGUGACAAGUCAUGAGGAAUCAACAAAUUUUAAUUGUUUAGAAAAAAGACAGUUGAAAAAAAAUAAAAGCUGUGAUGAUGAUGAUGAUGGUGAUGAUGUUGAUGAUGAAAUUUUACCAUCUUGGGAUUUUCUUGAAACAACAUUAAAUCAAAAACUUCUUCAGUACACUAAUUUUGAUGAUGAUAAAUUUUGAAUAUCAAUUUUUUUAUUAUACAUUUAU